AUGGUUAUAGUUAUAGCAAUAGGAAUGGUGUUUGUUGAAUUUCCUGUACUAUUAAGCGUCAUAUGGAUCGAUGAUUUUAAAAGAAAAGUUCCAACCGGGUUUUGCGUUUUUCAAGGAGUGAUGAUUCAAUAUGGUGCAUUUUUACAGAUGUCAGGAGGGUUAUGUUUUGCGUAUCAGACAUACCGAUUACUCGUUUGUAACAAGCAAGGAAUAACAGAAACGUUACGAAAAGUAUAUGUUGCCUUGGUAAUUCUCUAUCCUCUUAUACCGACUGCAAUUUUAGUUUAUCUUGCCAUAAAAUAUAAUGCCAUUAAACCUUUGACUCUCAAUUGCGAUAUAGUAAAUCCUGUAUGGGUUAGGCUUUUUGGGUAUUCAGGAUCCAAUUUCUUACUAUCCUUUGUUGGUGUAUACUACAGUGGACGAGCGGCGACAGCAGUAUUUAGGCAUUUGGAUCGAUUUAAAACUUCAAUCACAUCAUCUAUAAGUCAUCUCGAAUCAGCUCAAUCGGACCAAUCGGUUCAAACGUCUGAAUACGAUGAAGAAAUUCCUGUAGACCUAGAGAACAAUAAUACGAUUACAAUUCCAACAUCAAAUACCAUCCCAACAUCGAAUAAUAAUGGAUUAUCGCAAAUAACGGCAAAUUUGUCAAAGCAAAUUAAAGUAUAUAACAUGACAAAAGCUGCCGCGAUACGUAUGGUCCUAUUCUCUUGCGCGUUUGCUUUUAUUAAUUUUUUCGCUUCUAUACAAACCAUAUUGAUAGUCUUUAAAGGAGGUAAAACCAUUGAAUCGGGUUUAUCGGGUCAUGAUUGGGUUGGUGCCCUUCAGGGAACCAUAAUUUUCUUGAUUUUUGGUUUACCACAUAAUGUGAGAAAGUUAUUUAUACGAGAAGCUCGAAUUUAA